AUGGAAACACCAGUACCGGGAAAGCGCCAAGCGCGUGAAGAAUACCGCCGUAAAAUCAAGGAGCAAACUGAGGGCGAUGGCGACUCCUCCGCGGUCAAGUUGCCCAGGAAGAGAUUCUUCCGGCAGCGCGCGCAUGCGAACCCCUUCUCGGACCACCGUCUGGACUACCCCGUGAGCCCCGCGCAUAUGGAUUGGGCAUCGCAUUACCCUGCCUUUGUCGACCCCGAUCCAUCCAAAACAAAUCUCAGCGGUGCACGGAAAUUGACCAGAGAGGUUGAGGUCGUGGACAUUGGAUGUGGAUUCGGCGGUUUGCUGGUCGGGCUGGCACCUUUACUACCAGACACCUUGAUGGUUGGCAUGGAAAUUCGCGUAUCAGUCCUCGAUUACGUGCGCUCUCGCAUCUCCGCUCUCCGCCUGCAACAACAGAACCUGAAGGCCAUCGCCGCCGGAAACAGCACAGGCCAACCCUCAGAUACACCCGCAAUGCCCGAUGUGGAAGACGAUGAGAUCGGCAGCACGACGACUAUUGUCCCCGGCAACUACGAGAACAUCACCGGCAUCCGCGCCAACACCAUGAAAUUCCUGCCCAACUUCUUCGCCCACCACCAGCUCUCAAAGAUCUUCGUGUGUUUCCCGGACCCGCACUUCAAGGCACGCAAGCACAAGGCGCGGAUUAUUUCAGAGUCGCUGAAUGCUGAGUAUGCGUACGUGCUGAGGCCCGGCGGGCUGUUGUACACGAUUACUGAUGUGGAGGAGUACUACCACUGGGUGCUGCGACAUUUCAAGUAUGAGAAUGAAGAUGGCGAGAAUGGCGAGAAUGGCGCUGAGCAGACCGAUGCUCCUACCGGUGGCAUCAGAGACCUGUGGGAACUUGUCUCUGAUGAGGAGCUCGAGGCCGAUCCCUGUGUGCAGGUGAUGAAGUUCGAAACCGAGGAGUCGAAAAAGGUUACCCGAAACAAGGGGAACAAGUACGUGGCUGUAUUUCGGCGCAAGGCGGACCCCGAGUGGCCUUCUUAA